AAUUUUGCAAACACGCAGUAUUCACCUGCUGAGGUGCACAUCGACCCACAGAUAACAGAAGUCCUCUCAACAGUUUGAAUUGAGGCGCACCUCUACAGAGAGGCGACUCAGCUGGCGUAUCAUAACAGAGCAACCUCAUUAUUUAUUGAAAAGAAGAUGGCGGAGUUCUCCCCAGUCCUACCACUGCGGGAUGGAGGCGGCCGGUUUGGACAACCCGUUUUUCCCCGAUCGCAGUCCGGUACCGAGUCUGAUAGUGAACUGUCACAGAGCUUGGCCCGAAUAAAGACCCGGUCGUAUGGAAGCACUGCAAGCGUCACGGCACCUUUGGGAGAAAAGUACAUCGUGCAUCGGGUUACAGACAGUGAUACGCUGCAAGGGCUAGCACUGAAAUACGGCGUUACGAUGGAACAAAUAAAGAGGGCAAACAAGCUUUUCGGGAACUCCGCGGAUUGUAUAUUCUUGCGGAACACUCUGAACAUUCCGGUGCUCUCUGAGAAAUCCGAGCUCUUUAAUGGACUCAACGCUUUAGAAUCUCCAGAGAGUGAGGCCGGUGAUGGCGGCAUGCAGCAGGAAGGGCCCGGCGUGACUCCGGACGCCGAUGUCGACUCGUCGCCAUCCCCUUCACCCUCCCCGGGCCCUCAGGAGCCCGACAGCCGCCCUUCCCAGCCAGAGGAGCUGUCGGCCAAGGACUACUUGCACAGACUAGACUUGCAGAUCAAAAUGUCAAAGCAAGCAGCUAGAAAAUUGAAAGAGGAUGAUGUCAGGGAUGCUGAAGAAGACUCACACCCAGGGUCAUCUUACCAGGAAAUAUGACAAAGAAAUGUGGACUGGGUUUCACAGAGAGGCACUUCCUUGAGCAGUGACAGUUACAUACUGUAACCAACACCAUGUGUUUCUUUUAAGUUUUCUUUUUGAACUUUUUUUCAAAGUCCUUUUAAUGCUUCACCAAAGCAAGAAAGGGGAUUUUCUCAUUGCAUUUGUACAAAGUCAUUAUUUGCCUUUAUUUUUUUUUAUCGUUACUCAAGUUUGUUACAGUGUCCUUUUGUCUUGUGGGAGAAGGUGUGUGGGACACCUAGCACUCAUGGCUUUCGAAUUCUCAUUACCUGCCUCUCAAACUGCUGUUCUCACAGAUGCCCAUAUUCUGAUAUCUCUGGAAAAUGCAGAACUCCGUGUGAGAAAACCUAUAUGCACUUAUAGAAUUGUUGUGAACACAUAUACAGUAUGUACAGUCCUUUCCCAAAAAGUAUAGCAGUCCUGCAUAUAUAAAUCUGUAAUCCUCACAUUUUACUCUGAAGGAGAUUCACUCGAAGCUGUGGGUGUACGGACUGCUUGAUUUUAUGUUUUAGUUCACCUAUUCAAAGCGGUUUUAUGUAAGGGAUGCUUCUAUUUUGAGGUGUGAAUGUGUUGU